AUGGGCCUCGAUAAUUCCAAAUGGAAAAACAGGCACCCCAACCAAACCGAGAGAGAAUUUAGGGACUACGCUGAGUACAACGACCUGACCCUAAUGAACACCACCUCCUCCCCCACACGCAUUGCACCCAAUACCGAAUCCAAUUCAAUCAUUGAUCUCACCUUUCUUAACCCUAGGGCCGUCGAGGCAUGGCCUAACUUCAACUGGGAAGUAGACACGCCCUCGACAGGCAGAUCGUGCGGAUCGGACCAUAUGGCCAUAACAUGGUCGAUCCAGCCGUCCGAUCAAAACCUGCCUGAUGAAGACGCGGUCCAAACACCGCACAGGCAAAUCGACCCCAAGCGGGAGGACAAAUGGGUGGAAGCUUAUGCCAACGCCCUCAAGAAAUUCGAACUCCCCGAAGAACCCACUACGGCCGAAGACGCUGACUUGAUCACGGGGGCGAUCUUGGAAGCGAUGUCAACCGCCACGAUGAAAACGAUGCCCGACGGCAACAAAAAGAAAGGUAGCGGACCAGUCCGAUCCCCUUGGUGGAACGCCGAAUGCUCAGGCGCCCUCAACGACCUUAAACAUAACCCCGAAGGACGCACCCGAGACCAACUACGCGCUACCCUACGCGGCGCCAUUAGACGAGCUCGCCGAAACAACGGUGACCGUAUACUAUCUGAAAUACGUACGUCCAAGGUCUUCGAGUCGCUGAAAUGGUUCCAAGGAAAAAGACGAUCCCUACUGCCCCCGAUCAAAAACCCCAACGGCGGCAACACAGCCACGCACCCACACCACAAAGCCGAAAACCUAGCCAAACAAUUCUUCCCUACUGUCGCCAAUCCCCACAUAUCCCUACAACCACUUGGGAUUAAAGCCAUGCCCAAGCGGCCUUUUCAGGAGAUAUCAGUAGACGAAAUUGCUAACGCCAUCAAAACACAUCCAACAAAUCAUCACCUGGUGUCUUUGGUUCUAACUACAGGCUGCUAA